AUGGAAGGCCGUCGACCAGACGAAGGGAACAGCGAAGUCAACACGCAACACGCGUUGACUGUGGGAAUGACAUUCCAGUCAGGCAAGGACUUCGUCGCGUACGUGCGAGAGUCAGCACUGCGAGCCAACAUGCAUGUCACUCUCGACAAAUUGCGCAGCUACCGAGCGUCAUAUGUGCUGUACACGCGAGCCGUCGUGUUGACGCCUCGUUCCUUCAGACCCAAGUACAGGUCCUGCAUCCUUAAAUGUGGUAAACAGAGCCCGUAUGGUUUACCGAGCAAAGCAACUUGUCCAAGACUUCCUGGACAAGAGCGAGCAGACGUCCUUCCAGCAUUUCUGGAGCAAUUUGUGGUUCUCUCAACCCUCGCAGCGCAAGCAAGUGUGAGAGCGACGUCGACGGGCACUUCGUCCGUUGAGCUGUUGCAUUCGGUGCUUCCAUUGUCGCUCAAGCCGGAAUGCAGAAAAUCUUGGGCUUCGACAGCGCUCAUUGCAAGAACAAGUUGUACAACGGAAUCCAUUUGGUUCUUGUUGGCCGAGACGGAAACAUGA